GUAGGAGGAGGAGGCGGCGGCAGCGGGGAAGGCGGCGGAGGAGGGAGGGGGCCGUGGCCAGCCCAUCUUGCUGGGCGAUGGGCCUGGGCUACGCAGCGGGGUGAGGAGGGUACGACCUGGGUCGGAUAAGACAUUUCCAAAGUGUUCACUAUGGUCCGAGAAAGAAAAUGUAUAUUGUGUCACAUCAUAUACAGCUCAAAAAAGGAGAUGGAUGAGCACAUGAGAAGUAUGCUUCACCACAGGGAACUUGAAAAUCUGAAAGGGAGGGACAGCAAUCAUGAGUGCCAGGUGUGCAGGGUGACAGUGGUGGGCUUGUCGGCGUAUGCCAAGCACAUCUCCAGCCAGCUGCACAAAGACAACAUCGAAGCCCACGAUGGAGAAGAAGGGAAAGAAGAGACUAACGAAGAAUACUUUGACAAGGAACUCAUCCAGUUAAUUAAGCAAAGAAAUGAGCAGAACCGGGCAGGUGAAGUGUGCCGUGUGAACCAUGAAACAGAAAACAAUGACAGGAGAUUACAAAGAAGACAAGAUGAAAGAACUUAUCAAGACCGAGACACUUACGAUUCAUCAUCAAGAUAUCAUUGUGGACCAUCGCAGAGGGAGUGGAACUGGGAAGGUGACGGUUUCUUAAAUCCCAGACAAGGCCAAUUCACACACCCUGCAAGGAAUCCUAAGAAUGCAAACAGGCAUCUGAGCAAGCAGAGAGGACGACCUGGGUGGCAUCAAAAUAAUACUGGACUGUCUCCAAAUCGCUAUCAUAACUAUGGGAAUAAUGGAGGUGCUUGGCAUCAGAAUGCGAGAGGAGGAAUACCAGGAUGGCACCAUGGUGGCAGGGGAAGAAGUUCCAAGUGGAAUUCCGAAGGAGAAAAUGCAUUUUCUUACUGGCAAGCCAAAAAUUCAGGUGGAAACUGGAAGCCUGGUCGACAAAACGGAAGGGGGUGGAAUUUAGGAAGAAGCAGGGCUCCAAACAAUAGUUCCCAGUUAGAUAGUGUGGAUGCUUCCUGGUUAAAAAGCAAAAGUGCGCAGGAUAAAUACAACAGAGAAAGAUAUGCAUGGCAGUGGCAAGACAGUAGUUCUGGGGUGCCUUAUAUGGGCCUUGCUAAUGAAAAUGACAACAGGGAUUGUGUUUUGGAUUUCACUAGUGAUCAGCUUCCUUCAGAUGGGUUACUAAACUUUGGUGUUUCUGAGCAACCAGAGAGCAAGACCUCCAAAGUCAAUGGAAAGAGCAACAGCCCUUCCCGAGAAAAAACAAAUCGCUGGGCUCCAUAUCCCUCUCUAAAAACGAUAGAACAGCAGCCACUGUGUGAUGAGAAUGUAGCUACAACUCCGGAGAAAGCAGAUUCCGGUCGUCUGUCAUGCUCUCCAUUGUCUCCAAAAUGCACAGAUCCUAAAACCAAUAACCCCAAACUGAAAAAAUGGGAAGAGACUUAUUCAGCAUCCCCCAAUUACAAAAUGGCAUCCAACAAACUUGUACCAAGUAAGAAGGCAGUAGACUUAACCGGUGAGAAAAAAUCAGACCAAGCUGAAGGCAAAGGUAACAGGAUGCCGUCUUUGAAGUCCCCACUUCUGGCUAUUCCCGAUAUAAAGCCAUCUUCUCAAAAAAGAAGCCCAAAGAAUCUCUUGAAACAUGUCCAGCUUUUGUUAUCCUCAUCAUCCGGAGAAAGCCAGAGCCAACUAAAUGCACUAAAUUUAGAUGCUAACAAUUCCUCCUCCUUUGGAUCCAAGCUGAGUAAUGAAUGUAAUGGCCAUAACAGUUUAAAAGGCACCACACAUGUGCGUAGCAGCACUGAAAAUCUAGACGAAGCAUUAAAAAAUGCCAAAGAAGAACUUGAGUAUAGCCAGUCUUUCCAAAACUCUUGCUUGAUACCUUGUAGAGAUACUCAGACUGAUGGGAAUGACAAAUGGAGUACUGAAGGUCCAGGAUUGUCUCUGAAGAUGCAUGAGCCCCAGAAAGAUGGACUGGAGGAUGAGAACUCUGGAGAUGGAACGGGAACCAAAAGUACUCACUCUAAUGCUUUCUCAACUUGUGAUCUUGCUGAACCUGACCAUGCGGCAACUAAAAAAGGUGGCUAUCUAUUAGAGUUGAAGAAUACUGAUAACAAAUAUACCAAAUUCAAAAUGGGCUCUCUAUCGCUAUCCAACUUUCAAGAUGACCUAGAUACAGACUUGAAAGCAUCCCUGGAAGAGGAUGGUGACGGAAGCACAACUAAAUCAAAUGAUGCUCCAGAAGAGGAAAGCUAUGCAGUUCAUUCUAAUCAUGAGCUGCAGAAAGAUGCAGGAGGGCAGCCUUCUGGCCCUCUUCUUCCAGAACUGAGUAAACUUGGCUUUCCAGCUUCUCUCCAAAGAGACCUAACGUGGCGCACCAACUUGAAGAGCAAAACAGGCUCACAUCUACCUGAGCCCAACCUGAACAGUGCAAGGCGCAUUCGCAAUGUCAGUGGCCACCGGAAGAGCGAAGCUGAGAAAGAAUCAGGGCUCAAGCCUACUUUGCGGCAGAUUAUUAGCGUGUCUCGAAGAAAUGUAAACUGGGAGCAGGUAAUUCAGCAGGUGACAAAGAAGAAGCAAGAACUUGGCAAAGGUUUACCCAGGUUUGGCAUUGAGAUGGUUCCUCUCAUCCAGAACGAACAAGAGGAACUUGAGUUGGAUGAAGAAGGUGACCUGACCAGCCUUGAAGGUUUCCAAUGGGAAGGGAUAUCCCUAGGCUCCCCUGGGACUGUUAGGAAACGUAGUCUCUCCGAAAGCAGUGUGGCUGUAGAUAAGACCACCUCUGUUUAUAGUUUUUUCAGCAGUCAAGGCCCAAGCAAAGAAAAUGAACAAAUGAGCUCGGUUGCCAACACUGAGGAUGUAACAUUCAGCUCCCAGAUGCUUGCAGUUGCUGUGGCUGGUGUGAAACAAGAGUCUUCUUCUCUCCCUUCCUCACCGUACAUGUCUGACAGGACUGAUUCCAGGGGAAGGAGGCUCAGCCUACAGUCUCCCCCUAAUGUGAACAGACUCACAGCGUUUAGUGCAGGACAAAGCCCAAGAAGCCCAGACUACAGGGCCCAAGCCCUUGAAACUCGAGACAUGCUGGAGAGUUCAGGGGAAAGGUUCUGUAUGGCUUCAGCCCUCGCAGCAUUCAGCACUCUAGAUGCCGCUACAGACAGCAGCUACACAUCGGGCAACGAGCUGAAUGACAGCCAGGGAAUUGGCAAAAAAAGAAGAGCGACCGGAGAGGGAUCCUCUCCUGAAAUUCCAAGUCUAGAAAGAAAGAAUAAAAGAAGAAAGAUUAAAGGCAAAAAAGAGCGUUCGCAGGUGGACCAGUUGUUGUCUAUUUCUCUGAGGGAAGAAGAAUUGAGUAAGUCCUUGCACUGUGUGGAUGGAAGCCUUGUGCCAGCUCGAGCUGCUCUGCAGGCAGCUUACAUUGAAGUCCAGCGACUGCUUGUACUGAAACAGCAGAUAUCUUUGGAAAUGGGCACUUUGAGAAGCCAAAGAAUUCAGAUCCUGCAGGGCUUGCAAGAAACCUAUGAACCUUCCGAACAGCUGCAGCAACUUCAACCCAGUGGCUCAAAUGAAAAAAGAAACAACAAAUUUCAGCCAACACAGGAUCUAAUUGCUAAUCCAGGUGGUCUUGUUCCUCUUUUGGAAUCUGCUUCACCUCUCUCUGCCCAGAUACCUGCAGUUCCUUUGGCAGCUCCUGUCCUUGCAAGCACCCCACCUACAUUCCAAACCACUGGUGGCAUUGGAGCCAUCACAAUCCCGGAUUCAUCUGUUCAAAUCAAGCAAGAACCUGCAUCUCCAAAGCCUAGAGAGGAGAGCAUGAAUAUUCCUGAACAGAGGUUUCCAUGUUCUUCACAGGGAGAGGCUCUGUUUCAGAAUGGGAAUACGAGCCAACAACCUUUGCUGUACCCAGUUAUCUCUGCUACCAUGUCUUUGUCUGCACUUACUGAUUUCCAAGAGUCUAAUCAAGAUAUGCAGAAACCUGUUCCAGAUAAGGGAAGGGCCAGGUCUUCCCCCAGCUAUUCACCAUCACUCUUGGCAGAGAAGGCAGAAGGAAACAAAAUCCCACCAGACAACACAGUUGUAGAACAGUGCAGCAGCUCCUUUCAGAGCCCAACCUUUCCCCCUGAACUGCCUGCGGAUGAAGAUCCCAGACAGGCAACGGAGCAGAUGGCGGUUUCUGCACUGGUCUCCGUGGAGAGCAAAAUGAGCAAGAAAAAGAAGAAGUUGAAGAAGAAGAAAGCACUGCGAGCAGCCCAUGUCCCUGAGAACAGCGAUACAGAGCAGGAUGUAAGUGACACGAAGCCUUUAAGGAAAGUCAAGAUGGUAAAGGGGACCAGAGGGGGCAAAGUUACAACAUCCACCCCUCCAAAGCAAGAGGAUGCAGAGGCUGCUCAGGAAGGAAAGCGGAAGAAAGACGAGAAUGAGAGUGACACGUCUCUGGAAUUUGUGGAAGUCCCCAAAUCUCCUCUGGAAGUGGUUGCCAUCAGUUCAUCAGAAUCGGGGGAUGAAAAACCAGACAGCCCUUCUAAGAGGGAUGCGCUGAGUUCCUCAGAGCAGCUUCUGAGAGAGGCGUCUCGGUCUGGCUAUGAUGAAGUGAGCUCUACCAGUGAGAUUGGAACAAACUACAAGGAUGGCAUUGGUAGAAGUGUGGCUGAGACUCAAACGUCCAUAUCUUCAAUAAGAGGAUCAAAAAACUCAUCAGAAGUCUCCUCAGAGCCAGGCGAAGAGGAAGAACCUACGGAAGGGGCCUUUGAGGGUCAUUCAGCUUCAGUGAAUGCGAUUCAGAUUUUUGGGAAUUUGUUGUACACCUGCUCAGCAGACAAAACCAUCCAUGUAUAUAACUUGGUGAGCAGGAAGUGUGUUGGUGUCUUUGAAGGGCACACCUCAAAAGUGAACUGCAUCCUGGUGACUCAGACAACAGGAAAAAAUGCAGUGCUCUAUUCGGGCUCCAGUGACCACAAUAUAAAUUGUUACAACAUCAAGACUAGGGAACUUGUGGAUCAAAUUAAAUUGGACGAUCGUAUACUCUGUCUGCACAGUAGAUGGAGAAUUCUUUAUGCCGGACUUGCUAAUGGCAGCGUGGCCACUUUCAAUAUAAAGAAUAACAAACCACUUGAUAACUUUGAGUGCCAUGCUCCUAGGGCAAUCAGUUGUCUUGCCACAGCUCAGGAAGGAGCACGGAGGUUGCUGAUUGUGGGAUCCUACGAUUGUACAAUCAGUGUGCGAGAUGCCCGGAAUGGUUUGUUGCUUCGAACCCUUGAAGGUCAUAGCAAAACGGUGCUCUGUAUGAAGGUUGUGAAUGAUCUGGUCUUCAGUGGUUCCAGUGACCAGUCUGUCCAUGCCCACAAUAUACAUACUGGAGAGCUGGUGCGGAUUUAUAAAGGACACAACCAUGCAGUGACAGUUGUGAACAUCCUGGGUAAAGUGAUGUUAACAGCUUGCCUGGACAAAUGUGUUCGUGUUUAUGAGCUACAGUCCCAUGAUCGUUUGCAAGUCUACGGAGGACACUCGGAUAUGAUUAUGUGCAUGACCAUUCACAAGAGCAUGAUCUACACUGGCUGCUACGAUGGUACUAUCCAAGCUGUGCGGCUGAACUUGAUGCAGAAUUAUCGUUGUUGGUGGCACGGGUGUUCGCUGAUAUUUGGAGUUGUGGACCACCUGAAACAGCAUUUGUUAAAUGACCAUACAAAUCCAAAUUUUCAAACGCUGAAAUGUCGCUGGAAGAAUUGUGAUGCCUUCUUUACUUCUCGGAAAUGUUCCAAGCAGGAUGCUGUGGGACAUAUUGAAAAACAUGCAGAAGAAGAUAGCAAGGUUGACUCAUGAAGGUUUUUUUUUUUUUGCCUCCCACAUUGGGAAGUACCUUUUAUAUACUGGAAGUAUUCCAUGCCUUGUCCACCUCUUGCCCUCUCCUUUUUCCACCUUCAGUUUAUAUUUGGACUGCAAAAAGGACGUGGGCCGUUUUCUUUUUUCUUUUUUUGCUACAGAGACAGCAUUUUGCUUGCAACUCUGUAGAGAAGGGAAUGAUGAACAGACUCAGACCAAACAAAUUGUUUUAAUUUGUUAGCAGAAACAAACAAAAAAAUUCCUGUUAUCCUAUCAAAGAAGUACAUUGUGCACAUCUAAGCCUUUAUUAGUACUCACACUGGUGCCUAAAAAACACUGUUGAGCCAUCUAUUUUUAUGUUGUACGCAGGAUUGCCCAGGCAUUUUACACUUCUGGCUUUAAACAAUUUAAAUAAAGAAACAACAACUCAGACUAGAAAUACCAACAAAGCAUUCAGCUCUCUAUUUCCUUUCGUUAUAACAUCUUUUGAUGAAAGAUAUUAAUGGGUAAUAUUAGAAGAAAUGGAUUCCUUUUUUAUUUUUGGUUGAUCUUCAGUGGGUUAUCUUAAAUUCCAAAUGCCACAUCUGCGCAGUGAGUUGCCACACUCCUUGUACCUCUCUGUAUCUGUUCAAAGAGGUUUGUGAUGAGGUGCAACAUACUGCAUUGCUUAAACAGCAAAAUAGCUGUUUUCUAAACACAUUGGGUGAUAGUUAAUGUUACUCUUACUCUGAAUAGACCUGCUGAAAUCAAGUAACUUCAGUCCAUUGAUUUCAUUGGGUGUACUCUUAUAACUUAGGGGGUAUCACCGAUUUAAUGGAACUUUUUUGUUAUUUUUAUAUUGAUAAGCACGUUGAUGCAAAAAGACGACUGCAGAUAAUGAUUUCAGCUUUUAAACAUUCAUUAUCUGUAUGUUUAUAUCCAGUGCUUUCUUACCACAUUAAUGGGAUUAUGCCCCUGAUUCUUAAGAGCUUGUUUUGUAAAUGGAUGACCUUGUGGUGUUUUUAAAUUGCUGAAUUUUUGGAGUGUCCACUUCUUUCUGUUCAGCAUCCUAUAUUUUCAAUGCAGCUUUGAGAUGGCCAUCUUCUCCUACUAUAAUCUGGUUUUGUUUCUGAUGACUACAUGAUUGAAAGUUACCAUGCAACAGAAAAUGCUGUGGGGUGUAAAAUGCAAAAUUGUGAAGUCCAAGGAGCCCAAGCAGAAGCUGAGAGUAUUGUGUGUGUGUGUUUUGCCACCGUCUAGUGCAUAAUGACGGAAAUAGCAACCUGAGAAACUAAUGCAAUUUUAAAACAGUAGUCACAAUGCAAAGAAAUGAAAGGUGUGCAUGUGUGUUGGAAAGAAAUGUGCAUACGCGCAGUGGUGUUCGGGGUUUUUUGAGGCAGCAGUUCCCAGUUUGGUUCAUAAAGAGUUUUGUUCCUUAAGUCUCAGCCAGUGUUUUUGUUCUCAUCGGCUUCAGUCUUUUUCUGAAUCAUUUCAGAGGAAAACUGGAAUUCUAGAGCUGUCUGGCUGUGUAGGUCUUGACCUGUUUCAGUUUUCUUCCUUCAGAUUAUGCAUACAUAUUAAAAGAGCAAUGUCUGUUUGAAAUCAGCAUUUUAAAAGUGAAAGGUAAUGCUCCCAUAGGGAAAGUGUUCUCAGCAGCUUGGUGUAAGACAGGCAUUCCCAACCUUCAGCCCUCCAGAUGUCUUGGACUACAAUUCCCAUCAUCCCUGACCAAUGGUCCUGUUAGCUAGGGAUCAUGGGAGUUGUAGGCCGAAACAUCUGGAGGGCUGCAGGUUGGAGAUGCCUGGUAUAAGAUAUAGAACAGGCCUACAGCUAGAGAUUGCAUUUCACCUCACCAGCUUGCCAAAGAACUUGGAAAUAUUAAGGACUUUUGGAACACUCUCCAGUAUUCUUACUGCAUUUUAAGCCUUAGCUUUUUGAUGAGUGAAAAAGACCAUCAAGGGAAUAUCAUCCCCACCCCAAUACCUACAAAUCUGCCUUCCAUAAUCUUAAGAAAUUGCGCUAGCAGAGAAGUGAAACAGGUUCUCCCUUUGAAAUCACCAUGUCUGUCUCAAGAUACAGUGUUCUCCUUCUGCCUUUCACACAUGUCCAGACUGCCUUCAAACCAGCUUGCUGCUAGGGCUCUGUUGUUGGAGAGGAGAAAACUUUCCAAUGAGUGGUGGUAACCACCUGCAGUCUGUUUGCGGGAGGUUUCUAAGGCGUGUUGUCUUCUCUUGCCAUUUUUGAGAGCUUUUCUCACAAUGAGACCAUCAGAAAUAAAUCAUAAAGUGAGCAAAUUGUUAGCGCAUUCAGUCCAUAGCUGGGAGCACAUAAGCGUGUGUGUGUGUUUUAAAAAAGGAUUGUUUUUAUAUCUUCCAUAGUUGAAUGUCAUUGGAAUGAAAUUGCAGAGCCAGGGAGAGUGUAAGAAAAUUAAGUGGAGUGCAGUGUUUGUCUUGAGGAUUAGUGAAUGGAUUUUAAUUUUGCAUCGUCCUCAAAGGUUCUUCUCUUUACUGGAAGAGAAUGGUAAUUUUUUUGGCAAAAAUGUAUUCUUAACGGUGUGUGUGUGUGUGUGUGUGUGUGUGUGUGUGUGUUUUACUAAAUUGUUGCAAGUGAUGCACAACUUGCACUAUUUACUUACGUUCUUGGUUGUUUUAGUAGAUAAGAGGUAUGUGUGUGUUUUUAAGGUGAAUGUGAAGACAGAUUUUCCUUUAAUCUAUUUUGGGAUGCUUAGAUCAGCCUUCUCCAACAUGGUGCCCUCCAGAUGUGUUGAACUGCAACAUCAGCCCCCAGCCAGAUGGCCAAUUAUCAGGGAUGAUUGUAGUCUAGAACAAGUGGAAAGCACCAUGUUAGGGAAUACUGCCUUAGAUAAUUUUCAAAUUGGUUUAGCAAUAAGGUUGAGUCAUGUAUUAACAAAAGUUGGUUUCAUAUGUUUGUCUUUAUUUGAGAAGAACUGUUCUAAACAAUGUCACAUGUUCAUAAUUUAUUAUAAAAUGAUAGAAGGCUCCAUUUCUUCAGUUCACUGCAGUAAUUUCUCCCCAGAACUGCAGAGUUUCUUCAUUCAGAUUAUAUUAUUUUUUUCUUUUUAGUUCAGGAAUAUUUUAGUUUUUUGGUUUGAGGUUCUGUUCUCUUGAGGUUUUUCCUUCAGAUUCUGCCAAAAGCAUGGAGACAGAAAGGAAAGUAGUAGUUUGUUAAUUGUAGCAAUUGUGAGAUGGGUACAUCAAGAUGAUGUAUUCCGUCACAUUUUUGGUUCUGGGUUUCUGGCACCGUUCCACAUGUAAGUUGAAAUUAUCUUGAAAAUUUUGAAAGAGAAACAUUGUGCAUUUUUUUUGUGGGGGGCAGGGAACUAGUCUUGGAAAGGAAAUAGAUAGAAAUGAAAUGGGUAGGGGGGAGUUGUGGAGUGCUCUUGAAUUGUGUGGAAAGUGUGUUAAUGUAUGUGUUACUGUUUGAGUAAGCUGUUGUGUUGCUGCAUCUGAAGUGAAUUUGGACUGCAUUGCCAGUGCAGUUUCCCAACACAGUAGAUUUUUUUUUUAAUGCCAUUUAUCUUGUUGAUUGGAUGCAAGUGUGUGUUUGGUGUGUGCUGCAGCUAUGCUGCAGGGGAAUGGUUUGCAUAUCACCUUUCAGGGAAUCAGCACAGCUAUUCAGCUGUUUGCAUCUUUUGUGCCGUUAAAUGCAACUGAAUGUCAUUGGCUACCCCAGCUUCUGUUUGCCCCUUGAGACAAAUACUUGGGCUUGAAGGAAUAGACCUCUGUAAUGUUAAAUCAAAACACAAAAGUGACAGUCCACAUCCCACCUGAAUUGAGUAGUUAAACUCCCAUCUUAAUGGCUCUGGAUUUUAUCCUAAAUGUCAAGUAGACUAUAAGCCUAUGUUCAAGCUUUAUGGUUGUCUUUAAAAAUGCAAGUUCUAGAUUCAUAUUUGUAGAGCUCUUACACCUUGAGUGGCAGUUAAUUAAAAACCAGUAUGAAAGCAAUGCAACCGCUAGCUAACUUGCCCUUCCUAGAUCUUUAGGGUCCUAGCAGGAUGGCUUUCACAUAGCAUUGUAUGACAAAAGUACAAACUUCUCAUUUUCCUUCAUAUGCAGUGCUAUGAUCUUAACACAACUAGGAUGUCUCAAAUUUCAUAAUAUACCUUGUGAAGCGAGAACAGAUUGGUGUGACCAUGAGUAAUACUAGUUGAGAAACUGCAUAGGAAAUACACACUAUAACAAAUGUAUUGGCAGCUUUCGCAACUCAUUUUGUUUCAGUUGGAUGACCUGUGUGGCUCAUAUGCACAAAGUGACUUGGUCUUUCCUUUCCUUUUUUUUACUACAAAGCUGUGAAGUAAAAAACAAAACAGACAAUAAAAAUUACUUUGUACCAAGAGAAA